AUGUCUUCAACAACACUGAUGACGUUUUUGCUUACUACCAGUCCCAGUGUCAAGUCCGUCAAACUGCUCGGGUCAUGGGAUAACUUCUCGAAACCAUAUGCCAUGGAAAGGGAUCGCCGCGUCGGUCCAGGCCAUUGGAGAGGAUGCCACACAUUUACGGACAUAGUCUGUGACGGCUCUCCCACUCAUCAGGCCCCAGCGCGGUCUGGUGGACUCAAGAUGGGUGGUACUUAUUGGUAUUAUUACUUGUUGGACAACGACGUCGAGUAUUAUAACGAAGCGGAGCCAGUGACCUCGCUUUGCCCGUUGCUUCCCGGUCAGCCGCUCAAUGUGCUCCAGGUUCCCGUUAUCCUUCCCGACACUCGGCCUACACAUUCCUUUCAAGACAGUCCGAGCUCCAGGAAGCCUGAUAUACGAACCAUGAACCCAGAGGACAAGUACAUGAACCCACGUCGGCCGCCAAAGCCAAAGCUUCUCCGUCUCCGUACAUCCCCGCCACUACUUCAGCUGCCAACCCCGGCUUGGUCCUUCAAUACAUCUCCUCUGGGAGCAUUGACCAAUAGAGCGGCUUCCCAGCCAAGUAGCUCUGUAAACAAAACACCGCGAAGUUCUAGCUCCAAGGCUGCUCGCUCGGUGUCACCACCAAGGUCGAGAGGCCUUCGGGUUGCAAUCCGGUGUCUGAAUGCUUCUUCUCCCGACCUCAGCAACACCAACCACUCGGACAAUGAGCUGGAUUCGAAAGUCGAAUAUGCGUCUUUAUGCCGCACCGGUAGUAGUGGAAAAGGCCGCUUUGACUUUCCAGAGCAUUCUUUCCAUGACUUCAAUCCGGCCUCGACCGCCAGGCAAUACGAGCACGUCCUUCACCCAGAAGACCUUCCCUUCCGCCGACCUGUGUCUGCGGACAAUGAAAGCCCUCCGACAAUGUCCAUUCAGGAUCGUCGUGCAUUGAACACAAAAUCCAUGGAGCACCUGUCGUGUAGGAGUCCUCUGACUCUUGAAGCGCAGCCCGACAAUACGAGCGCGAGCGAAGAGUGUGCCUCAAAAACCUUUUCAUACAUGGCUGCAGAGCUCCUAGCGGCUUUAGAAUCGCCAUCGUUCUUGAGAACUGCCACCAUUCCAGAUGCUACGACGCCUACCCCAUUCACUUACAAAGAAAAACGGCUUCCCACAUUACCCAACUCGCCCUCGUCGGUGAUGGAUGAAGCGCUGCGCGAUAUCGACGCCCGCGAGAGAGAACUCGAUACCGAGAACCUAGGAAGUCACUUUUCUGACUUCAGUGAAACGGAGGACUCCGUGGUCGGCAGCUCCUACUGCGAGAGAAGUCACUUUUCGGAAUGGAGUACAGAUACAGAGAUAAUCUCUCCCGAGUCCAUGACCUCCUCUUCCACUUUCAACAACGACAACCAGCCGUCCCGCAAUCCCGCGGACGCGGAAUUUUCAGACCAGCUCGUACCCUCUUUGGCCUCCGACGCGAGCGAUCCAAACACUCCUCACCUGACAGUGAAUUCGAAUGCAACCUCCAUUGCCGGCGACUCACCUCACUUCAACCUUCCUCUUCCCCGCUUGACGGUGUCAUUGUCUCCGUCUGAUCUUGACAUGGCAGGUCUCGGUAUUGAAGACAUGUACAACGUGGAGAGGGACCCCAAAAGACACGCAGCUUUCUUCGGCGCCAUGAAUGCUUUCGAGACACUAGGUUUGGUGAAAAGUCCCGACGCGUCCACCAUCGAGUUUUCCGAGGAUGUCAAAAACAACGCGGCAUCGCUUACUGACAACCGGGACGUAUCCAACCGCCUCAGUCGUGCUUCUACGUCUCUGCUGGAUAUGAUAGACGAAUUGGCCUAUCUACGGAACGUGAUCCAGUCUGGUACUGGCGAGGAAUAG